AUGGUUUUGAAGGGAUGGGUUCAGGCUUCGUACACGCUGGCCAUCUCCCGCAACGGACAGGAGGAAACCUUCAACGUCACUUCUUCCGAGUCUGUUCUCGUGCCAUGGCCAACCUUGCCACUGCCAUCCCGCGAAGUGGUCCACGUCAAGGUGUGCGCCGCGGGUAGAGAUGGCUCGCGCACCAACUGGGCACCCCUGGUUAUAGAAGCUGCUCUCCUGGAACGCUCGGGAUGGGUGGCGAGGCUCAUCUCUGGACCCGUUCAAGCCAGGGACGAGCCCAAGCGGCCAUUCCGCGUGAGGAAGUCAUUUUACUGCCCAAAAGGUGGCUCCGCGAGGCUUUAUGCCACCGCGCACGGUAUUUACCAAGUGGAAAUCAACGGCAGGGUAGUUGGCGGCCAGCUUCUCGCACCGGGCUGGCAGUCCUAUAAGCACCGUCUGCACUACCAGACAUACGAUAUAUCAUCGUAUCUGGUAGACGGCGAAAAUGUUGUUGGAGCCUACAUCGCCGAGGGCUGGUAUGCAGGGAGGCUUGGGCGGCCAGGGGUUUCCAAUAUCUGGGGUGACCGAUUGAGCUUCCUCGGUCAGCUGGAAGUCGAUGGCCAGGUCGUGUGUGCCACUGAAAGCUCCUGGGAGUGGCUUGGAGGUCCUAUCCUGGGGGCGGAAAUCUACAACGGUGAGAUAUUUGAUUCGGCUUUGGAUGAUCCCUCCCCCACGUCCUCGGCAUCCCCGAAAGGCCCGGUGGAAGACGUUGGCUUCCCUUCUGCAGAGCUCAUCGCCCCCGACGCUGUCCCAGUGAGGCGGGUCAUGGAGAUAGAGUCCAUUGAACUCAUCAUCACACCAAAAGGAAAGAAGGUGCUGGAUUUUGGACAGAACCUUGUUGGCUGGUUGAAGAUACUGGUCGAUAUACCUGGAAAGAGCGGUGAUACAGUUGUGGUCAGGCACGCAGAAGUCCUCGAGAUUGAGAACAGCCAGGGCCGAGAAUACCGUUCACCUUGGAGGAAAGACAAAGGGUUACGAAUCAAGAUUCUCAUGGUACGGCUUCAGGCCAUCGUCAUCUCCUCUGAUCUUCGUCGUACAGGCACUUUCACUUGUUCGCAUGCCUCCAUUAACCAGCUUCAUCAGAACACCCGUGAUGAACGGCUAGGCUGGACAGGCGACAUUCAGGUGUUCGCUCCAACCGCGAGUUACCUCUUUGAUACUGCUGCCUUUCUUGGCGAGUGGCUGCAAGAUCUGGAAGGGGACCAAAGAGAAAUGGGAGGCGUAGUGCCCGUGAUUGUCCCAAAGAUUCCGAUCCCACCAAGGCACCCUGAAAGCCGACCGAUGGCCGUCUGGGCCGAUUGCUCUGUCAUAACCCCGUGGGACCUGUACAACUCCUCCGGCGAUAGAGCAAUACUGGAAAGGCAAUGGGAGAGCAUGAGGCUGUGGCUCGAACAUGGCGUCCCUCGCAACGAACAAGGCUUUUACGCAGGCACCACCCCCCAGUAUGGCGACUGGCUGGAUCCUCGAUCACCACCUCAGCUCCCAGGCCACAGCCCGACCGGUCCCUUCCUGAUUGCCAACGCCUACCUGAUCCACGCAGAAGAGAUGACUGAGAAGUUCCGUGCCGAGUACGUCACGAAAACGGGCCGCCUGGCGUGUGACACGCAGGCCGCCUACGCUCUCGCCUUGCUCUUCGACCUGUUCGGCACAGAAGAGCAGGCCCAGACCGCCAGGGCGAGGCUCGACUGGGUGGUCCGGUGGGAGGCGUUCGAGAUCACCACCCGCUUUGCUGGCACGCCCGUGAUCCUGCAGGUGCUCGCCGACCAUGGCAUGCUCGGCCACGCGUAUAGAAUGCUGCAGGAGCGUGAUUGCCCCAGCUGGCUGUAUCCCGUGGGGAUGGGCGCGACGACUAUCUGGGAGCGUUGGAACUCGAUGCUACCUGACAGCGCCAUUAAUCCGGGACAGAUGACUUCGUUUAACCACUACGCCCUUGGCUCCGUGUGUAACUUCCUGCACAGGACGGUCGGGGGCUUGAGUCCUGCCUCGCCCGGUUGGAAGGCCGCUCUGGUCUCCCCGAGGCCAGGCGGAACGAUCCGUCAUGCUCACACGUCGUUUGACUCCCCAUACGGACCUUAUUCCGUCACCUGGAAGAUCGAAGGCUCAAGGAUGAUCACGAAUGUCACUGUUCCGCCUAAUGGUGAAGCCCGAGUUGUGUUGAGUGGCGUGGACGAAAAGGUGGGCAGUGGCGAGUACACUUUUGAGACGGCGUGGGAGGAGGAUCCCGACUGGCCACCUGCACCCAUACAAGGCGCGCAGGGUAACGAGGUUCCGGCUUACUUUGUGCCCUGA